UUAGUUUGAAUUCAACGUCGCGUUGCUAAAAAUCAUACUCACUAAAUUGCAGAUUCUCGUUAAAAAAAUUAUUUUUAGAAUAUACAGUUAACAAAUUUCAAUAACUACUUGUCUAAAGAUUCGUGCUUUUAUCGAAUUAAAAAGAAGUCCAAUCGUAACAUUGAGGAUUACAAAGUUCUCUGUGAUUUCAUUCACACUUCGUUUUAUAUAAUCAGAAGGAAACUCUCUUGCACGCCAGACACAAUGGGCAUUCCGGAUAUUCGCCAAUUGAUCACUCUGGAGUUCGAGGUGUAUGGCCAUGUUCAAGGCUUGAAUCUUACAAAAGACACGCGAGACCGUUGCACCAAGGCAGGAAUCACUGGAUGGGUGAAAAACAGUAAGCGUGGCACAAUAGUAGGAAAAAUGCAGGGGCCCAAAGUGGAGGUGGAUAAAAUGAUCGAAUGGCUAUCCAAUGAAGGUUCGCCGGGCUGUCAAAUCGAACGAUGCGAGCUGCGAAAUCAAAGCAAUUUGAAUCGACUAGAUUACAAGGAUUUCGCCAUUAGAUUUUAAGUCCGCGGGCAAAUAUACAUAUUUCUAUUUCUAGUUUUUGUGUUUGUUAUGUGCACUAUUUUGAUAAGAUUGUAAAAAUCAGUAAAUAAAUGGUUUUAAAACCGA